AUGAAGUUAUCUAUCAUCGCUCUUAUGACUACGAUUGGCCUUGCCGCUGCCGAAUGCUCCGAGGGCUUCUGGUAUGCUGACCGCGAAACCCGUGAGCCCUGCGCCACCCCUUGCGAAGUACAAGGUGGAGGGAAGUGUAUUCUCGAUUGCCCAGAGGAGAACGACCCCAACUUCCCGCUUCUUUGCGCAGCUACUUACACGUGGUUCGCUGCGAUUUUGAAGAAGGCAACUGUUUCAAACUUCAACUAUUUUCUCAGGUAG